GUUGUCGGGUGCAAGCUGGCUGUGGCUAGCUCGGACCGCUGUGGCUAGCUCGGACCACUGUCACUGCGAGGCAGGUGUGUGUGUCAGCAGGAGCUCGCACACGUCCCCAGCCCACGUUGGACUAAUUCUGUUAUAUUUUAUUUGUGUUAAUUAAUACAGCCAUCAUGUUGUGGACAGCGAACCGAAUCAUUAGGAAAUUAUCUACCAGCUCUAAUUAUUACCAAAAUAAGCUGAGACUGGCUCUGAUUGGCCAGAGCCUGUUUGGACAGGAAGUGUACACCAACCUACGGAAGCAGGGCCAUAAGGUGGUGGGCGUGUUCACUGUGCCAGAUAAGGAUGGCAAGGCAGACCCUCUGGCGGUAGUGGCGGAGAAGGACGGGACGCCAGUCUUUAAGUUCCCGCGGUGGCGUGUCAAAGGGAAGCCCAUCCUAGAAAUAGUGGAGGCCUACAAGGCGGUGGGGGCUGAGCUCAACGUCAUGCCCUUCUGCUCCCAGUUCAUCCCCAUGAAUGUGAUCGACCACCCAGCCCACGGUUCCAUCAUCUACCACCCCUCCAUCCUGCCCCUGCACCGCGGGGCCUCCGCCAUCAACUGGACUCUGAUCCAGGGGGAUAAGAAGGCUGGGUUCUCCAUCUUCUGGGCUGAUGAUGGUCUGGACACGGGUCCCAUCCUGCUCCAGAGAGAGUGUCCUGUGGAACCCAACGACACAGUGGACACCCUCUACAAUCGCUUCCUCUUUCCAGAGGGCAUCAAGGCCAUGGUGGAGUCAGUGCAGCUGAUCGCUGAUGGGAAGGCCCCACGUAUCCCCCAGACAGAGGAGGGGGCCAGCUACGAGGGUAUCCAGAAGAAGUCCAACUCCAAGGUCAACCUAGCUCAGCCGGCAGAGGCUAUCCACAACUGGAUCCGCGGCCACGACAAAGUCCCCGGGGCGUGGACGGUCAUUGAUGGUCAGACUGUGACUCUGUACGGGUCGUCCAUGCUGGGGGAGUCGGUGCCAGCCGGUCAGCCCCUGGAGUUAGAGGGGGCGUCCCAGCCUGGUGUCGUCACCAAGAACGGCCUGGUUCUGUACGGGUCAGAUAGCAAAGCGCUGAUGGUGAAGAACCUGCAGUUUGAGGAUGGGAAGAUGAUCUCUGCUGCUAAGUACUUCUCUUCAGGAGACACCGCCAGCGUGGAGCUGACUGAUGAUGAGAAGAAGAUGGCAGAGGAGAUACGAGACAUCUGGAAAGGCAUUCUGAGCAACGUUGCUGCCAUUGAGGAAACCACAGACUUCUUCAAGUCAGGAGCUGCUUCUAUGGACGUGGUCAGGCUGGUGGAGGAGAUCAAGCAGAAGUGUGCAGGGUUGCAGCUGCAGAAUGAGGAUGUGUACAUGGCCACCACCUUCCAGGACUUCAUCCAGAUGUUUGUGAGAAGGCUGAGGGGGGAGGACCAGGAGGAGGAGAUGGUCAUCGACUAUGCAACGAAAGACGUUAACAACAUGACGGUGAAGAUGCCUUGGCAGUGUUUCAUCAAUGGCAAGUUUGAGGACGCAGAGAACGGCAAGACCGCCGAUACUAUCAACCCUGCCGAUGGCUCUGUGAUCUGUAAGGUAGCCUACGCGUCAGUGGGAGAUGUGGACCGGGCGGUAGCAGCAGCCAAAGAGGCCUUUGAGGUUGGCCCCUGGGGCAGGAUGAACCCUAGAGAUCGUGGCACCCUGCUGUACAAGCUGGCUGACCUUAUGGAGGAGCACCAGGAGGAGUUGGCCACCAUAGAGUCCAUAGAUUCUGGAGCUGUCUACACCCUGGCACUGAAGACCCACGUAGGCAUGUCCAUCCAGACCUUCCGCUACUUCGCCGGCUGGUGUGACAAGAUCCAGGGCAAGACGAUACCCAUCAACCAGGCCAGGCCCAAUCGCAAUCUGACCUUUACCAAGAAGGAACCUCUGGGUGUGUGUGCCAUCGUCAUUCCCUGGAACUACCCACUCAUGAUGCUGGCAUGGAAGAGUGCCGCUUGCCUUGCUGCUGGAAACACACUGGUCCUGAAACCUGCACAGGUUACUCCUCUGUCAGCCCUGAAGUUUGCUGAGCUGACUGUGAAGGCUGGAAUUCCCAAGGGAGUCAUCAACAUCGUACCUGGCUCAGGUGGGAUGGUGGGACAGCGCAUGUCUGACCACCCAGACAUCCGUAAACUGGGCUUCACAGGCUCCACUCCUAUCGGCAAACAGAUCAUGAAAAGCUGUGCGCUGAGUAACCUGAAGAAGGUUUCUCUGGAGCUGGGAGGGAAGUCUCCACUCAUCAUCUUCAGCGACUGUGACAUGGACAAGGCUGUGCGCAUGGGUAUGAGUUCUGUGUUCUUCAACAAAGGAGAGAACUGCAUCGCUGCUGGACGCCUGUUCGUGGAGGAGUCCAUACAUGAUGAGUACAUCAGGAGAGUGGUGGAGGAGAUAAAGAAGAUGAAGGUGGGUGAUCCUCUGGACCGCUCCACGGACCACGGGCCCCAGAACCACAAGGCCCACAUGGACAAGCUGGUGGAGUACUGUGAAGUGGGCCUGAAGGAGGGCGCCACGCUGGUGUAUGGGGGCAAACAGGUGGACAGGCCAGGGUUCUUCAUGGAGCCCACACUGUUCACAGACGUGGAGGAUCACAUGUUCAUUGCCAAAGAGGAGUCCUUUGGCCCCAUCAUGGUGGUGUCCAAGUUCAAGGACGGUGACAUAGAUGGCGUGCUAAACAGAGCCAACGACACCGAGUUCGGCCUGGCGUCCGGCGUGUUCACGCGUGACAUCAACAAGGCCAUGUACGUGAGCGAGAGGCUGGACGCCGGGACCGUGUUCGUCAACACUUACAACAAGACUGACGUGGCCUCGCCGUUCGGCGGUUUCAAACAGUCCGGCUUCGGCAAAGACCUUGGAGAGGAUGCUCUUAACGAAUACCUCAGGACCAAAGCAGUGACUGUGGAGUACUGAGGCAGCCUGCCCCUCCUAAUAAACUGUUACCACGACUGAUCAAUCAAUCCACCUGAUCACGACUCACCAGUCCGUCUCAAUCGGGAGUCCAACUUCUGCUUUGCUAACAGCAGGCGUGUGAGAGAGGAGACAUUUGAUGUGUAGCCUACCCUAUGCCACAACCUCGUCUCAAGGUGCCUACUGUUUUUAGCAUUCUGUUGGGGAACUUGCAUUACAUCAUGGACACAGGCAGUUUUCCUCACAGUUACAAAAGGGAAAUCGCACAUAUCAAACAGAGGUGGAUUUCAGUAUUCCGGAACCGGAGCCAAGGUGGAUUUGACUGGAUCAACCCCCCUUUACUUCGAGUUUUCAAGGUUUCGGUCCCUCCACUCAUCAUGAAAGAACAUUUAGCUUUUCAAAAGCUGAGCGCUUCAGGCAAUCUCCUCCUGCUCUGUAGAUGCUGUGUUUUUAGAAUCUUAUAUCUGACCCCUUUUAUUUACAGUCACACAUUUUAUGCAACAUUUCAUUUUAGCUCAAGCAUGCAAUUUCAGAUUUAUGAGCUAUGGAUGCAAGGACUGACCAUCCAUGACAUCAACAUGAUAGUUUUAACCAUGUUGAGGCUAUAUAGUUUACUUUGUUUACAAAAAUGUGAGUAAAAAAAGCUUAAAUUUGGGGUUAUGGGGUUAGACAGUUGAACUAAGCUCAUGAAGCAGUUCGAAGGUAUAUUCUUCAAGAAUCAAUGGGUACAUAUCAUUAAUUUAUAAGUCCAAAAAUAGAUGUAGAAACUGCAGAUUGCCCCUUUAAGUUUUUAGUAAAUAUAAUAUUAAUUUAAAUAAGAUAUUAAAUAUACUACCUUUGAAAGACUAGUGUUUAUAUGAAUACAACGGCUAAUACUAAUAAAGUAUACGUUCAAGAAGAAUAUCAUAUUUUCAUUGUAUGCACCAUUGUCAAUGAGCAUUUUGAAAACUACAGGGAAAUCUGGUCUCUAUGAAGAUGAGACUAUGCUCCCCCAAACCUUGUGAAAAAAUCAGCCCCAAUACAUACAGUAUUGUUUGUCUUCAAACAUAAAUGUUGUACAAUGGUGAAUAAACUCUGUUCCUUCUUUUGAA